AUGGCCGAAGUUACGCUUAACAGCCAAUUCUAUUGGGAUAACAUGGUCAUCCAGGUUGAAGACGAGCUCUUUUGUGUCCCCCGAUGCGAAUUCGUACGAUCGUCUGAAGUCUUUGCGGACAUGUUCCUCUUGCCUUCUGGGCCUGCGACGUGCAAUGAAGGUCAGGAUAGAAAACAUCCCAUCGUACUCGAAGGAUAUAAGAAGCACGAAUUUGCGUGCUUGUUGAAAGUAAUGUAUCCCACAGCUGGAUCUCUAAUUUCCGGUACAAAGCUCGACUUGGAUUUGGAGAAGGAGGAGUGGGUGAGCGUGCUGAAGUUGUCCGCCAUCUGGGAUAUGAAAAAGAUCAGGGCGUAUGCUAUUCACAGGUUAUCGACUGAUAUAUUAUUAUCGCCGAUCGAGAAGGUUGUUCUAGCGAGAACGCAUAAAGUCGGUGCAUGGCUGGAGGAAGGACUCUGCAGCUUGGCAAGCAGUGACCACAGGCCAACGCUCGCGGAUCUCGCUACACUCGGAUGGGAAACGGCGGCUCAAAUCCUCUGGAUCAGGGAUAUCUCACAUUCUCCUCUGAACGUCCCGAAUACGCUCCGCAUCCGCAGAGAUGCGAUACAAUGCGGGUUCUGCACGUCGCCGUCGAGUCUGAUCAAUUCCGCCUAUAAUUGCUACGACUGUGGGCAGCCCGUACCCGCAGAGGCAAAACUGACCUACUCUGGUCCUAGUUCGGCCACCACAACCGCUGAGCGUCUGAUCGCGGUCAAGGGGAUACAAUGCGAUAAAUGCGGAAAGGGCCCAUUUAAAUCAUUGAACGUCCACUGCAACUUUUGCUCGCGCACCUCCACUCACGGCAGCAACGUCAGAAUCACGCCGAACAACAAGGACACGAUCGAGGAGAUAUUUGGAGCGGAGAUUAAGGACUACAAGUACGAUAUCAUCGAUGCGUAG